UUGGCGUCCAUAUUAACAGAAAAUGACUUAAACGCUGAGAUUUCGCUCACAAUUUUAUCGUUAGUUUAGUGUGAAUCGCACCGCUUAAUCCGUUCUGUAUAUCCGUGUGAGUUAAACUGAUAGUAAUCUAGAUUUUUUUUUGUCCGAAGAUUACUAUUAGGAUUGCAGUAUUUAGAUUUUUAUAUUGAUGAUAAUUUAUCGAUCUAUUAGGCUUCAUGAUAAAUGAUUUUUUAAAUGAUAUAGAUCUACUACAGAUCUAGUAGAUCUUCAUUUUAUAUCAAGUUCUAGAUCCAAAUAUUUCAUAAAUCUAAAGCUCUAGGGGCUGGACUGGCUAUGUGGGCAUUUGGGCAAAUCUUCCGUGUGCUGGCACUGGAUGGAACACUUUGAAUAAUAAUGUUACUGGAAUAAAGAAAGCGUACUGACAAUGAUCAAACAGUUCUCUGUUGUUCUUCAAGGAAAACAAAUCCACACUCCUGCACUGCACGAUGACCAAAGAGUGCCCACUCGAGAUAACAUUUCCAGUCAGGAUCUGGCAACGCCAGACUGCAUUGUCUCAUCACUUUCACUCUUACCGAUGUCUUCGUCUGACACGGCUACUCCAAAAAACACUUUUUUCGGCCAGACAAUGGAUCAGAGGCGAACACCCACUGUCGAUGCGUUCAGGUUCGCAUACUUACAGAAACCACUAGCGCCUUCCCCGUUGGUCAACACGCCCUUGUCUGGAAAAAAGCUGCCGAUUCUAAUCAAAGCCAAGAAUAGAAAUGAAUUUGAUGAGCCCACUGCAGCUGAAAGUCCAAACGAGAAUAGCAAUGUCAAGGACAGCGACCUCGUUCUGGAUCCGCCCACUUCAUCGCAAACCGUUACAAAUAAAUGGAACCAUAAUGAGGCUCGUAAAGUAGAUUUACGGAAGCUGGAAGCAAUGAACACACUUAAACAACCUAGAGACUUGCCGCUUCCAUUGAUUUCAUGCUUAAGCCUGCCACUCAUCAAAAAGAAAGAUGAAAACAUUGUCCCCCUGACCACCAAGCUUGGCGUUGGCAAUAAUUCCUCUGACUAUCUAAGUGAGGAAAGGGAAACUAAAGCCAAUUUUUCCCGACAAAGUCUUCUCGAAAACAAAUGCUUAGAAAUCAGUCAAAUGCCAAUCAAUCAACUCAACAUUUCCGGCGCCAAACUGAGGACGCCUGUCUGUCGGCGGCGAAAAUUUGAGACGCCGAAGUUCAGCAGAGUCAGAUAUUGGAGAGGGGUGUCAUCCUUCGGAGCACACGUGACCUAUUGCUCUCACGCGCCAUACAGGGCCCGCAAGAAAGGUGUUCCCCCAAAACUUACGGUGUGCAAACAGUAUGUCAUUUGCUGUGACAAAAAGUUACAACCAAACAAAUGUCCUAAAGUCGACAUGCUAUUCAACUUAGCACAAGAGGAAACCACUGAAGAAGAAGACAAUGACACCAGGACAGAUCUUUCCCAAGGGAUACUCACCUCUCAAAGUACGAAAACGCCUAGUGCGAUUCCGGUGACAGAGAAAAAACUGUGCACUCCGAAGGGAAACGAAAGCAUGGAGAGCUUGUCUUCUCAAAACUGCGCCGAGAAGGUAAAACUUUCUUUGCAAGAUGUGCAAGUGUCUCCAGCGAAAUCCUUGGAGAUGUUUACAAGCAGAUCGAGGCUCAAGAAUCAAUUAUCUCUUCAUGAUGAUUUCCCGUUUCACUGCUUCCUGCUGUUUCAGUUUGAGGAUCGCAAGAAGGCAAUGAAGCGCCUGAUGCGGCUGCCACAGCGUUAUCAGCAGUCCCUCUUCAAAAUAAAGACCAAAAGACAAGGGGGUGUCAGCACCUUCAAACGCGACAAGAAGCUUAAUUAUAAGCCGAGUGUAGAGCAAAGCCAUUUACAAAAAAAUAACUUGAAAAGAAAAGCGAGCCAAGAAAAAAUACGAAUUGUAAAGGAGACCGGGUCCAAUUCAACAGAUACGCCCCUGGGAAGCACACAUGGGAGUGGGACACAACUACUAUACAGCUCCACGUUACCUCCUAAGGAUUCUAAGGCUCAAACCUAUAAGGACGGGGUAUGGGAAGUUUGUGAUGAAAGGCCUUUGUCCAGAGAGGGAUCAGAUAGCUUGCAGAAGUGUAGGCCUUUGUCCAGAGAGGGAUCUGACAGCUUGCAGAAGUGUACUAAGAAUAUCGGAAAACAAAGUGUCUCUAACGAAAAGUCGUCAAAAUACGAAAUAGGACAAAUCAGUAGUUUAAGCGCUACAUCUAUAUUAUCUGAGACAAAAAAAACUGUAGAUGACCACACUGACCACCAGCUUAUUAACACUUCAAAUAUAGAUGACAGUAAAGUGCUGGCUACACAUUUGCAGGAAGGAAGGCACCAAGAAACGGUUGAAUUUAGUGAACAUUUACCGAACAAUACAUCUUUACCGAACAAUACAUCUUCACCGAACAAUACAUCUUUACCGAGAUGUAGCAUUAUUAACAAAGAACAUCCUGAGUGUGGCUCGGAGGUGAUUGACUCGAACGAAAUUAACUCAACAAAGACAUUAAUGACUGAAAGGUUAGGGUCGGACUCUGUGACGGAGUCAUUGGAAACAUGUUCAUCAGCACUGUGUACCCAUUCGCUAGAGACGCCUAUAGCAUCUGAAGACAAAUUCCUUCAAAAUGUUACAAUACGACGUACGCCUAGUAAUAAAGUUUCCAACAAAAGAAACUUCUUUAAGAAAGGUCCCAUGCCAAGAAUCCUGCCUUCAAGGACUUUAAAACCUCGUAUGAAAACAAGAACUUUGCAAGGAAAAGCGAAGUCAGCUACACACUUUGACCUGACAGAAGGAAACAACGGUAUACAAAAUAUUCAAAAUAGUGAACGGAUUGAACUACAGAACCCCAAUCUUACGGGAAAUAAUAGCAGCUCCUUAGAUGAUUCCAAUCAAAAUGAUUCAGGCAUCCGUAGAGAUCAAAUCAAAGUGCACACAAGCUCUGUGCCAAUAAAUCACCAGUCUGAUAGUGCCUCAACAAAAGAUGUUCAUGGACAAUGUCUACGAGAAUCAGAUGACCUAUUUCUCUCUAGAUAUACGCCCAGUACUUCGAGUAAAGUAGACGCUGGAGAUUGGUCAACUAAUAAUGAUAGACUUAUAACACGCGAAAGUCAACCGUUAAUUUCAACCAAUCCCCAAAAGUCUACGAGUAAAGAACUUUAUACCUCAUCGCCCUUUUCCAGGAGCCCGGAGAGUCAACCAAUGAUAAAUAAAGAAGAAUUUCCCAAAGGCAGAAGAAAUAGAUCUCCAACAUUAUGCUCCUCUCAGCCACCUCAAUGUCGCCAAACUGAGAGACCUGCUAUCAAAAUUCGACCUCCAGGUAGUUAUUGCAGCGACAGAUCUUCGCUGACAGGAGACCCUCUAGAGUCGACUUGCUCAAAAAUACUUUUACCAAUAAGUGCCUGCUCAGACAAUAGCCCUUCUCCAAACGUAUCCUGCUGCUAUGAGAGUCCUGAUUCAGGGAUCUCCUCCGAAAACAAACAUUUCAUCCCCCAAGCAGGUAGUAGGGUAUCUCUACUACCAGCUUUUUUGCUUGAUGCCACACAUUCAGCGGAUUCCCACGGAAGAAUCAAAACUCUAGAUUGCCAAAUGUCAAACCUUAACGUUCAAAGCAGUCACCUGCAAACCAAUAGUACAAAGUGUACUCCAAAAGAGCGUAAUUCAGGGGCAAUAAAUCGAAAUUCGUUUUCAGUGGUGAACAGUUUUAUUAUAGCAACGGAAACGUUGUAUCGAUCUAAAAACAGCGCGGAAUCGAAUACCCAUAAACCUCGUCUUCGCCUAAAAUCUCAUCCAUUUAGUGCUUCCUCAAAAGAAUCUGUUCUCGAUACCACGAAGAUAGACUUUUCCAAAAGAAUGGAAAGCUCUUUGUUGAAGUUUCCCGUAGGUCCACCAUCGUCCAGGGCUCAUUGCAAGGUAGACACCCUCCAGACCAACCAACACGUGACUUAUUGUAAUGGACCCGCUUUAAACUCGCUACCAUCAAUCAUUUUGGACUCCUGGACGAAGGCUGCUGGGGACUAUAAGAGAAAGUUCUAGACCCAGUAAGUCACCAAGAACAGCCGGACCAAGGCUUGAGAAGAAUGUAAUAAACUUAUAUCGAUAUUAAAGACACUUGCAUCUCAGAAGUGUCAGCUUCUAAAUGAAAACAAUCUAACAACAUGCAGCUGCCCAAUAAAAAAAUACUUGACACACAAUCUUAACUCAAAAGAAUAUUUGAUCCAUAUUAUCCUAUCUUACCAGUACGUUAAUUGCUUAUCUAAUAACAUCUGAACUAUUGAUACAGUUUAUACAAACCAUAAGAUAUGUGACAAAUAUGAAAAUAACUUUUUAGCGUAUUACUAACUUUCAAAUAAACAAUGAAAGAUAACUUUG